UUCUCUUCUGUCUUCUCCCCCUCUUCUUUCAAUCUCUUCUCUUGUCUCUGGUAAACCCUAGCUCAGCUGUCACUCUCGGUCACCAUUCACCAUCUCUCAGGCCGAUGAGCACCUGUCCUCUGCCAUCUCUCGGACAACGCUUGAGGUAGCUGUCCGAAACCCUAGCCUAGACUGUUAGACAUUGUUACUCUACGGUGGGCCGGUAGCUGUGAGACCAUCAAAAGCCUCGAUUACCAUCAUCUGGUCACCAACGAUCACGUUAAUUCGAAGAGAAAAUUGGCCAUUCAAGUUGAAGGAUUGAAGGUGAGGCAGGUCCGUGGCUUGUGGCUGUGUCAUUCUCGUGGGUGGCUCUGUGGCCUGUGUUUAAAGCUGUAAUAACUUAAGGUAAGUUGUUCUUUUCUCUUAAACUCUCACUGGCUGUGGAUGGAUAAAGUGUGAUUGCAUAAAUAGACUAUAGAUUUUGCUCUUUCUUUGUAAUUUUGUGAAGGAAAUAAUCGGAUUAGCUUUUGUGAGACUGAACUGUCCGUGAAAUGUUGAAUUGUAUCUGUGAAUUGUCUUUGAAACUCUUUUCUAUGAAGUUUUGAAUUCAAAUUGUGAGAUUGCUUGCAUUUCAGAGUCUUUGUGACUCCAACAUUUUUGAAAUUGCAAUUUUAAACAUGCUAGCUUAUAUUUCAGAGUCUUUGUGACCCUGAACUCCUAAAGUUGCCAAUUUUAAACAAGUUAGCUUUAAUUUCAGAGUCUUUGUGACUCUGAAUUUCAGAAAUUGCUUUUUAAUUGUUAGUUUUUUUUUUCUUGGAACUAUGGAAUAUUGUGCAAUUUUUGAAUAUUGUGGAAUUGAAAUUGUGUAGUCGGAAUUGUGCAAUUUUUAAAGGUUAGCUUACAUUUAGAGUCUUUGUGACUCUGAAAUUUUGAAAUUGCUAUUUAAUUUGUAGUCUUUGUGGAAUUGUGGAAUUUUUUUAGUUGCUGUUAAUUUUGAGUCUUUGUGGAAUUGUGGAAUAUUGUAUGCUUGGUCCUGAAUUUUUGAUGUAUAUUUGGUCAUAAUGCAUAUUUGGUCCUGGAUUUUUGAUGCAGAUAUUGUAUUAGUGCAUAUUUGGUCCUGGAUUUAAAUGGAAAGUUCUAAUGUGAAUAAUGCAUGUAGUUGGAAAAUUUUCAUGUGGCUGAGUAUGAUAGUUUGGUUUAGAAAAAAUGUAUUUUGUUGGUAGUUGCUAUCAAUUCCGAAAACAUGCUAAUUGCUGGUAUGGAAAAUGUAUAUUGUUGGUAGUUGUUGGUAGUUGUUGGUAGUUUGGUUUAAGGAUUAAAGGGCUUGGACUCGAUGGUUCUAUGUUAUUAUUUAAGGAAGCAAAACUAUUAUUUGCUGUUUAAUUUAUUAUAAUUUAAUUUGAUUGAGAUUGUGGAAUUUGUGGCCUUGAGUUGUUGUGUAAUUGCUGUCUUGUUUCUAUUUGUUUCCUCUUAUGUAAACAGUGUCCUAGUUAUGCUUGAUAUGGAUCCAGAUUUCCCAUCAUCAGUUAAUGCACCUUCCUCUCAAACCCCAAUAGGUCAAAAUCCAUCACCAUCACUGUCAAACCCUACACCUUCCGAUGCCAAAUCUACAUUACCUCCACGACCUCCAUUAGGGAAAAAAAAAACCUUCUAGGCCAGCAAGUGAUGUAUGGGAUCACUUUAUCAAAAUAGAAGGUGGUGAUCCUGAUGACCCUAGACGUAAAUGCAUUUAUUGCCAUAAGGAUUAUGCAUGUGGUUCUAAGAAGUGUGGAACUAGUAUCCUAAGGAAUCAUAUGAAGCAAUGUCAGAAAAAUCUUUAUAACUCAGAUGAAAAGAAGCAAAAGACCUUAACUUUUGAUAAGAAAUCCGAUGGUAGUGGUAGCAAUUUGGUAGCUACUAUUUUCAACAAAGAGGCAUGUAGGAUGGCAUGUGCCAAAAUGAUAAUUUUGGAUGAGUUACCUUUUAGUUUUGUAGAAGGCCAUGGGUUUAGACACUUUUGUAGUGUUGCAUGUCUUAAGUUUGAUCCUCUAUCUAGAAGAACCAUUGUGAGGGACAUUUAUCAAUUGUAUUUAGAUGAGAAAUUGGCUUUAAGAUUAAUGUUUGUUGCAAACCAGCAAAGGGUUAGUCUUACAACUGAUACAUGGACCUCUAUUCAAAAUGUUUGUUAUAUGUCAUUGACUGGCCAUUAUAUUGAUGAUGAUUGGAUGUUACAUAAAAGAAUUUUAAAUUUUUGUGUGGUUCCCAAUCAUAAAGGAGAGGCAAUUGGAAAGCUAAUUGAGGUUUGUUUGCAUGAUUGGGGUAUUGAAAAAGUGUUCACGCUAACUCUUGAUAAUGCAAGUGCAAACAAUAAUGUAAUUGCAUAUCUUAAGAGGAAAAUGGUACAUUGGAAAAAUUGUAUAUUGAAUGCUGAUUUUUUGCAUAUUCGAUGUAGUGCACAUAUUGUCAAUUUGAUUGUGUGUGAGGGUUUGAAAGAAUUAGAUGAGACAAUUGCUAGCAUUCGUAAUGUUGUGAGAUAUGUUAGAUCAUCUCCUUCUCGAUUGCAAAAAUUUAAGGAGUGUCUAAGUCAAGAGAAAAUUGAUAGCAAAUCUUUAGUAUGUUUGGAUGUUCUAACUAGAUGGAAUUCCACAUACUUAAUGUUAGAGUCAGCUUUGAAAUUUCAAAAAGCUUUUGAGAGAAUGGAGGAGGAAGAUGGACAUUAUGCUUCCUAUUUUGGAGAGGAUGAUAGUGGUAGAAAAAAAGUUGAACCUCCUUUAGCUUGGCAUUGGGAUGAUGCCAAAGUUUUUGUCCAAUUUCUUAAGGGCUUUUAUGAUGUAACUCUUAAAUUUAGUGUCUCUUUAUAUGUUAGCUCCAACAUAUAUUUCCAUCAAGUUUCUUCCAUACAAAAACAAUUAAAUUGCUUCUAAUUGCAGCAGUGCUUGAUCCAAGAUAUAAGUUGGAUUAUGUGUUAUUUAGCUAUGGGAUGCUUUAUGACAAUGAUGAAAGCAGGGUUACUGAAUUGACAAAUGGUUUGAAAAAGAAUUUAAUGAGGCCGUAUAAUUGGUAUAAUGAAAAAGAAAUGGGUUCAGAUGGUAGUUGUCAAUCUUCCACUGGUGUUGAGUCUUCUGGAACUAGUUUGGAUAGUAAUAACAGUGAAUUAGAGCAUGCCAACUAUGCUAACCAGGUUUGGAUUGCUUAUUUGAAGAAGAGAGAACAAAGCCAAUGUAAGGAGGUAAAAAAUGAUGUGGAUAGGUAUCUGGCCGACUCUUAUGAAUCUGGUUAAUUAAGGAUUUUGAUAUCUUAAAUUGGUGGAGGGUUAAUGGAGAGAAAUACCCUGUGUUAGAGAAGAUUACAAAGGAUGUCUACGCCAUUCAAGUCUCCACUGUGGCUUCCGAGAGUGCUUUUAGCAGCGGAGGUAGGAUAUUUGAUCCUUUUAGGAGCUCUUUGCCUACUAAAAUGGUGGAGGCUUUGAUAUGUUGUCAAAAUUGGUUUAAUGCUUCUCCAAGUUUUGACAGAUUUUUUAGAAGAGAUGGAGUAUUAUGAAAGUUUAGAUGCAGACCUAUACCAAAGCCAAACAGUAGCAUUGAGUCCAGAUAGCAGCAACAAAAAGGAUUGAUGGUGCAUUGAGUGGAAUCAGUGGAUGUACUUGAAACUUGAAAGCUUAUGAGUUUUGACAAUGAUGAAAGUUUUGUAGCAAUGGCAAUGAAGGAUUUGGCAGUGCUAAUUGCAGGUUGCUUAUAUUUUUUUUUUCUACUGUUUCUUUUAUGUUUACUGUCAAUGUAUUACCAUUUCUCUUAAGUCAUUUGUAAAACUUGCUUAUUAGUUGCUUUGAUAGUAGUAGUUAUUAUUUUUUUC